AUGCAGAGGGGCAAUCACUCAGUGACCGAGUUCAUCCUGCUGGGUUUCACAACAAAUCCCAUGAUGCAGCUGGUCCUCUUUGUGCUGUUUCUGGGAGUCUAUUCCAUGACCUUGUUUGGAAACACCACCCUCAUUGUGCUGAUCUGCCAUGACUCCCGGCUACACACACCCAUGUAUUUUUUCAUUGGAAAUUUGUCUUUUCUGGAUCUCUGCUUGUCCUCUGUCUACACUCCUAAGAUCCUAAUGACCUGCAUGUCUGAAGACAAAAGCAUCUCAUUUGCUGGCUGCCUGUGUCAGUUCUUCUUUUCAGGUGGGUUGGAUUAUACUGAGUGUUACCUGUUGGCUGCCAUGGCUUAUGACCGCUACAUGGCCAUCUCCAAGCCACUGCUUUAUGCUCAAGUCAUGUCCAGAAAACUGUGUGCAUUUUUACUAAUAGCUUCAUAUCUUGGUGGCUUUAUUAAUUCUUUCAUCGGCACCAAAAAAACAUUUUCCUUUGACUUCUGUAGUGACAAUGUCAUUGAUGACUUUUUCUGUGACUUGCUUCCCCUGGUGGAGCUGGCCUGCGGCAGAAAGGAAGGUUACGAGACUAUGAUGUACUUUCUCCUGACCUCCAAUGUCAUCACCCCCGUUGUGUUCAUCCUCGCCUCCUACCUCUUCAUCAUUGCCACCAUCCUGAGAAUACGCUCCACCCAGGGCCGCCUCAAGGCCUUCUCCACUUGCUCUGCCCACCUCAUCUCUGUGACCUUAUACUAUGGCUCCAUUCUCUACAUCUACUCUCGCCCUCAGUCUAGCUACUCUUUGUCUAGGGACAAAAUUGUGUCUGCCUUUUACACUGUGGUGUUCCCCAUGCUGAAUCCCAUAAUCUACAGCUUCAGGAACAAAGAUGUGAAGGAGGCUCUGAACAAACUCUGCAGGUAA